CAGGAAGCGAGAAAGAGGGUGGUUAAAAGUACAAAAAAAUCAAUAGACACACAAUUUGCAAUAAUUAUUUGGUCAUCAAAAACGCUUAUGCAUUUACUUUUGAUUGAUUAACAGAUUAAAAUAUUUCAUGGAAGAUGUUCUUUACCACAAACGGAAACUUGUUACCUACUGUGUAACAGUAGAAAUCUAUUACCUACUGUGCAAUAGCUAAUGAAUAUUUGUUGCUAAAAAUACAAGUGCAAUAACAUAACAAUAAAUUAAAUACACCAAAUAAACAUAUAUUGUAGGCGCAAUGACUAUAUCUUUUAAAUUAUGUGUCCAAUAAUGUAAGAACAGUGAUGAAAGAAACCUUAACCCCCGAAGUCGAGCUUCCUCGACUGUGUUGACGUAUUUAUAUUUAGUUACGUGUAGUAUAUAGUAUGUUCAUGCGGUUAUUUGUUUCGUGACAUUCAAAGCAUUUUAAUCAUUCUGUAAUAUGGCUAAACAUCAUCCAGAUUUAAUCUUUUGUAGGAAACAACCAGGAGUCGCUAUUGGACGAUUAUGCGAAAAGUGUGACGGUAAAUGCGUGAUUUGCGAUUCCUAUGUAAGACCGUGUACUUUGGUUAGAAUUUGUGACGAAUGCAACUACGGGUCUUACCAGGGCCGAUGCGUUAUCUGCGGUGGUCCUGGAGUUUCCGAUGCCUAUUACUGCAAAGAAUGUACGAUUCAGGAAAAGGAUAGGGACGGAUGUCCGAAGAUCGUAAAUCUCGGAAGUUCAAAGACGGAUCUGUUCUAUGAAAGAAAGAAAUAUGGUUUUAAGAGAAGAUAAAAUUAGGUUCUGAAAAAUUACUUAACUUAUAUAAGAAAUCCUUUCUUACGUUCCAAAUAAAUAAUUAUCUUGAUACUUA